AGUGAAUGUGGGUGUCAGGGUGGUGAUGAUCACUGGAGAUGGGCCCACCAUUGACGUCCGCAGCAGCUGUCAGCAGUUGCUUCGAUGAUGAGCUGACGAUAAGCGGCGGAGUACCCCUCCAUUGUUGGUCAACAGGCUUCAUGCAGCGUUACUCGAGAGUCUGGACAUACACGUACCCGAGUGGCCGGACCUGUAAGCUUGGGCGGACAGAAAAGCUCGCUGCAACAGUUACUUCCAUGGCCGUCCGUUGACGCACGCGCCUUCGCACCCUCAGAACACAACAACAAAAGCCCUGCAAACCGCGCUCCACAACAAAGCCCACCCGAUCUUCAACCUGCACACCGUAUACCGCCCAUCAUGCCCGCGCCUCUCGAAGAAGGUCAGGAAGGCUCCCGGUCGCCAGGGAACCACAUCGAGCUGGCCGACGACAACUCCUCCGUGCGGCACGAUGGUGAAGCCAGCCCCGGGCUUAGGAACAGCAAGGGCUGGGAUGGGAAGCUCCGUGUACCAAAGAAUGCGGUGCUUGCCAAUCCAGAGGCGCUUUCGGAUCCCGAGUACUCUGACGAAGACAACGUCAUACCCGGCGAAGAGGUUGCUGCGGAUGAGGACCUACUCGAGGACGAAGCCUCGGACACAGAGGACAUCAACUGCACACAGUCACGAGUGAAAUCAAUUCCCGCCCUGCGCCUGGAACGCUUUAAGAAGGUAGCCAGCAUAUCCCUACGACAGAACCUAAUCCAAGAGAUCGAAGGCCUCUCGUGCACCGCCGACUCUCUCCACGAGCUCGACCUCUACGACAACCUCAUCUCACACGUCCGCGGCCUGGACGACCUUGUCAACCUCACGUCGCUCGACCUCUCGUACAACAAGAUCAAGCACAUCAAGCACGUCUCCCACCUAAGCAACCUCACCCACCUCUACUUCAUCUCCAACAAGAUUUCCAAGAUCGACGGCCUGGCGGGCCUGACUAAACUCCGCAUGCUCGAACUCGGCUGCAACCGGAUCCGGGAGCUGCAAAACCUCGAAUCCCUCACGUCUCUCGAAGAGCUCUACGUGGGCACGAACAAGAUCACAUCCCUCUCGGGCCUCUCGGGGCUCAGCAACCUGCGGGUCCUCUCAGCGCAGUCCAACCGCAUCCGCGACCUCUCCCCGCUCAAGGACGUCCCGCAGCUCGAGGAGCUGUACAUCACGCACAACGCUCUCGAGUCGCUCGAGGGGCUGGUGCACAACACACGGCUGCGCGUGCUGGACGUGUCCAACAACCGGGUCGGCUCGCUCCGGGGGCUGGGCCCGCUGGCAGAGCUGGAGGAGUUCUACGCGAGCUACAACCAGGUCUCGGACUUUGCCGAGAUGGAGCGGGAGCUGGGCGACAAGAGGGCGCUCACGGAGGUGUACUUUGAGGGCAACCCGCUGCAGCUGCGGGCGCCGGCGCUGUAUCGGAAUAAAGUGCGGCUGGCGCUGCCGCAGGUGAAGAAGAUUGAUGCUGAUUUUGUACAGGGGAACCCUUGGUAGCUUGUUCCAUCCACGUGUAUGUAGACACGACAUGGGAGGCCAUUUUUGCUAUCUGUCUUGGAGUUCGGGGAGGUCGGGUGUUCAUUUUGCUUGGACAUGAUUGCGGCGCUAGUGCGCAACCGCACAACAGCAUAAUUAGCGAAGGAAGGGAAGGAAAUCAUAUCACAAACCCUCGGAGGAGCAUGAGGGCGGCGUUCUCGGACAUGGCGGACAAGCGCGCAGCAAGCAGCGCAGGCGUUCUUCUUUCUUUCGAAUGUGGAAGGUAGAUCCCUCAAUCUCACCACUAGGUGCCUACUUCAGUCUCUGCCUCCGGUUGGUAAGGUCGGCAUACUUUCGGACCUGAACUGUACGAGACAUGCCCAGUAGCCGUGCGGACAGCUUUCUGCCGCCUUCUUACAAACAACCUAAGCUAGCACAGGGCUUUCAU